AGUCGUUGGGGCACAUCCACUCUCCCGAGCACAUCCAGUCUCCCGUGGUGGAGAACCCGUCUACCGCCCAAGCUCACCUGGAUGUCGACAAUUCCUUCUCGUCGGUCUCGACCCAUCUUUCCGAUUCGCUGUCUCACUCUCAGCACAUGGAGUCUCCUCAAGUCCACGUCUCGACCUCAUCGCCUGCCAUCCUCUCUCGUUUCCCAGACUCUUCGGACGUCUCGAUGCACAUCGAGUCGUCGGCACAGGCUGCUCAAACAUCGCCGUUGCAGUACUUUGACAUGUACCCACCCCCACCGGGCCCGCAGCUAUCUAUCCCCGAGUAUGCUGACACCUUGGGCUCUCUCGACAAGGUCAUGCGCUUUGUGGACGCUCAGCCGCAGGGUUUCCUCAGGCAGGAUGAUCACCAGGCUCUGACCCGGAUCAAGCUAGCCGUGCUCGCCAUGGGCAGCAGGGGAGGCCCCCCGCCGGAUCUCGAGGCGCCUCAAGAGCUGUGACGAGCCGAGGCCCUCCAUGAGGCCUUUGAUACGUUUUUACCGCCGCUGCAUCUCUCUCAUGCCUGUCCGUCCGUCCGUCCGUCCGUCUUGCUAUACCGCUUGGGUCUUAUGCUCAAAAAGCGCACCCCGUGCGCGCUUUCCUUUAUUCACCCGUGGGCUGCGGCUUUGACCUGCUUGCGGUGGCCUCUUCUUUCCCUCUCUCAACGCUUUCUUCUUGGCUUCCUUGUUUCUUGCACGAGCACGUCACUUAUCAUGCAAUUGUUCUUUUACCAAGCCCAAUCACCCAAACUCCCUCAUGAACUCCCCCCUGCAAUAGUUUCCCGUUCCCUGUCAAUGUCGGUAGCAUCCAUGCAUACAGCUCAUAUUUUUAGUUCCUCGUUUCAGUAUGUAGGGUCUUUGAGUGUGUGCCAGCCAAUCAUCGUCCGUUUAAUUUUCCCGUGCAAUUUACGUAGCCCAUAUUCCCUUCCCUCAUUUCCCCCUCCCCCUCCCAGCCCUUGACCCCACCUCCCAAUGCCCACUGCCCCACUUCGUCCACACACACCUGCCAUUCACCGAGUAUCCCUUUCUCAGCGCACGAACUCUUUGUCUCUCAUUGCAGUGUGCCGCACUCGAUACCCUGCACCACGUUACACGCACGCGACAGGCCACGCAGUAGUCUUGGUAUAUCCAUCAUUCAUAUCAUGUUUCAUUGGC